UGACGUGUUGGAGGCCUCAUCAUGGCUGGGUGAGUAUAAAAAGACCUGGAAGUGCAGACAGAGCUACAGUGUGCAAACAUCUCCAGCCCUCCAGCCAUGGGAAAGAUCAUCUUCUACGAAGGCUCCAACUUCCAGGGCCGCCACUGGGAGUGCAGCAGCGACUGCAUGGACACGUUCAGGCACUUCAAUUGCUGCAACUCAAUCCGUGUCAGCGGCGGUCACUGGGUGGCCUAUGAGAAGCCUUACUACAUGGGUUACCAGUACAUCCUCGGCCCUGGCGAGUACCCCGACUACCACUGCUGGAUGGGCUUCAACAAUUGCGUCCGCUCCUGCCAGAUGUUCCCCCCUUACAGAGGAUCCUACAGGAUGAGGAUCUACAACAGGCCUAACAUGAUGGGACACAUGAUGGAGUUCAUGGACGACUGCCCCAAUGUGUAUGAUCGCUUCCGCUUCCAUGACAUUUACUCGUGCAACGUCAUGGAGGGUUACUGGAUCUUCUAUGAGCACCCGAACUACAAGGGGCGCCAGUAUUUCCUGCGACCAGGAGAAUACAGGGCCUGUGGCGAAUGGGGCUGCUACAACCCCUUUGUUGGCUCCUUCAGGAGGAUGAGAAUGAUGUAAUUCCCAACAAGACCUGA